AUGCUCUUUAAAAGGGCUUUUUAUAGAUCAAUGUCAUUUAAAACAAAGAUAUUAAAGGUGGAUCCAUCUUCGAUCAUUUUCUCUGAAAAUGCUCAUAUUGAUGGGUCUUUACCAAAAAUUACAGAUCCAGAAACUGAAGCUGCAUUGUUAGAGGCAGCUUCAAUAAUACGGGAUACUGAUAAUGUUGUAGCAUUUCCAACUGAAACGGUAUAUGGUUUAGGUGGUUCAUCACUGAAUGAUAAGUCAGUCCUUAAUAUUUAUAAAGCUAAGAAUAGACCAAGUGAUAAUCCUUUAAUUUCCCAUGUCUCAUCAAUCGAUCAAUUAAACAGAAAAAUAUAUAAUAACGUUUCAGAAACAAAUAAUCCUAAAUCGUUACUUUCCAAUAUUCCUCCAAUAUAUCAUAACCUAAUUAGUAAACUUUGGCCAGGUCCAUUAACCAUUCUUUUACCAGUGCCUAAAGAGGGAAAUGGCAAUUUAUCAAAAUUAACAACUGUUAACCAGCCAACUUUUGCAGUACGAAUUCCUUCUCAUCCUGUUGCAAGAGCAUUGAUUGCUUUAAGUGAUACUCCAAUUGCUGCUCCUUCAGCUAAUGCAUCUACCAGGCCAUCUCCUACCUUGGCAUCCCAUGUCUUCCAUGAUUUAAAUACAAAAAUUCCAUUAAUUCUUGACGGUGGUGCUUGUUCAGUUGGUGUUGAAAGUACAGUAAUUGACGGUUUAUGCAAUCCACCAGCUUUACUACGACCUGGUGGAUUUACUUAUGAACAAAUAGUUCAUUUGGGUGGUGAAUCAUGGAAGAGUUGUAAGGUUGAAAACAAGAAGACUGUUUUGAAGGGUGAGAAAGUAAGAACCCCGGGCAUGAAAUACAGACACUAUUCUCCAUCUGCGAAAGUUGUAUUACUAGUACCUUCAUCUCCUUUUAAUGAAAAUACCUAUCUAGAAAAGAUUUCAAGAAUUAUUUCUGAGGAAAAAGAUAAAACAAACGUUAAAAAAGUGGCUGUCUUAACUUCAUUAAAGUUGGCUACUAUCCAUUCAAAGUUAAGCAAUCUUGGUUCAUAUUUGAAUAAGGCUGAUGGUAUAGAAAUUAAUGUUCAAAAUUUGGGAAAUAAUGGCACGGAGAUUCAGUCCAACCUUUUUGCAACAUUAAGAACAGUGGAUGAGGUUGACAACGUUGAUUUAAUACUUGUUGAAGGUAUUGAAGAAGAUGAGGAAGGGCUUGCAGUUAUGAAUAGACUAGAAAAAGCUGCUGGUGGUAAUAUUACAUUCAUAUAA